UAAAAAAGAAAAAGAAAAAGAAGACCCACCCAUGAGUGACAGCAAUGCCACGCUUUUACCGCCGCGCAUACCGCUGGUGCCCCAAACCGUCCCUAUAAAAUAUAUCCCAAAGCCACUUUCCAUGAAUGCCAAUUGCCACAACCGUUGUUCCUCAGUUUACGGUGCCGUCAACAUGGCUGCUGCCGGCGGACUCUUCCGAUCCGUCUACGAAGUGUGCAUCUCCGGCAGCGACAGGGACAUAGAGAACCGUCCCUACCACCGCAACUGCGGCUGCGCGCUUCACAGCAGAUCUCGUGGGACCUGUCCUCACGCUUCCCCCAAAUCCAACAACGUAUCGUACCCCAUGAGAAGGUCGAAGAGUGAAGGAUGGCUUGUCAUGGCAACAACCCCUAACCAUUCAAUUACCUCGCAGGCAGAGUCUUCAUUGGAGAUCAAGGAAAAUCUUUACAAGAUUGAUGAACUGAAUAAAUCAAAUAUUUGAUCAGUUUGAUUUGAAUAAGCUGAGGUAAUGAAUUUUUUUGGAUUCAAAGGGUUUCGUCAUGUGAACAUCUUGAUAUUCUGUACAUGCAUGUUCAUAUAGAAAUGAUCCUUUGAUCUGUAUAUCUAGUUCUAUUGUAUGUGUUGCUUAGUAUAUUUCAUCAAUAAAGGAGAUAAUUACGU